AUGGCGAAGUACAACACUGACGGGGUGGAGUGUGACAAGAAGAAAAAAGAAGUGGAAAAGCUUGUCCGCGACAUCAGGGACGAGAGCCUUAGCGAGGAUGAAGUAUUGAGAAGGUCCUUGCGCGAUCUGCUGUCACACUUCCGGAAGGAGGCUGAUGAGGAACUCAAACAAAGGCUUGACCGUGCCACGCUCCUUGACCCGCUUCGGUUUCUCAACCGCUAUGAACAGCUCCGAGUAGACGUAACAACUAUUUUCUCAGAAAUUAUCAUUGAAGAAGAAAAGAAGAAUAUCCAUUACUCGAAGCUACUCACUCUCGCCCAGAAUAGUAGUGCACCCGCAUCGCCAAACCUUAUACUGAUAGAAGGAGAUGCUGGCAGUGGAAAAACCACUCUUCUUACAUACACUCUUUCCAAUUACUUGAAGGAGGAGAGUGAUCGCCAAAUGGAGGGGCUCGGCCACUACCAUCUUUUGUUAUGGGUGGUGUGCCGAGAGAAGAGUAGCCUCACUCUUAAGGAUCUGAUAGACAGCCUCCUGCCCGGCGCCUGUGCCCGGUAUAGUAACUUACUGAUGCCUUUACUGAAGUACAGCAGGGUCCUCUUCCUGAUAGAUGGGCUUGACGAGAUGAACGACGAUUCACUCGUCAGAGAUAUCCUGAGCCAAGCUAAGGACUGCCCUAACUUCACUUUACUUUCAACAUCCCGCCCAGAAGCCAUAGAAGGAAUGAAGGCAAUGACGCCCAAAGAAUUUAAGGUUUCCCACCUGAAGCUGGAGGGCGUCUCCGUUGAUAUGAGGACCGAGCUAGCAUUAAAGCACUAUCGCUGGCUGUGUGGCACCAAGCCUGUAGACGAGGCCCGCCUCAGGCAGGUCAUGCAAGAGUUAGCCUGGAGUGAGAUCUUCAGGAUGCCUCUAAAUAUUCUCUUCCUCGUGACUUUAUUCCACAUCGAGCCUCAAAAACUGACAACCAAGAUAACCCAGACCGAGCUGUACCAGAAGAUCCUGGACUGGUGUGUGGCGAAGUUGCGGCACAGACUCGCUGGUUGUCCCGGAGUACCCAAAGGUCCCCUCCUCGGGAUAGCAAUUAAACGUUUUUUGCUUGAAUUGUACAAAAUUGCAUUGCAGGGACUCCUUCAUAGCAAAUUAUAUCUCAGUGAUGGUGAUCUAGAACACCUGGCUGAGUUCUGUGACGGAAAGGGCCUGCCGCUGGAGGACACCUUAUCAGCCUUCUACUCCCUGCGGCGGGUUGGGACGGCAGAGCAGUAUCACGCUCCUCACAAGAGCCUUCAAGACUUUUUCGCGGCCUGCCACAUUCAUGGAUGCUUCAGUAACAACUACAACUCAGGAGACAUCCGAAAAGAGCUACACAAAAUGGCAGGACAAAACCUACAGCUUGGCCCGCUCAGGAACAUGUUGUGUCACCUACUGGGGCUGCUCAGCCGUCGCAGUCCCAGUGUCAAGGCGGUGGAGGAAACCGUGGACCUGUUACAAGCGUCUGGGAUGAAGAACACUAAUGACUGGCUGUCUGUGCUGGCGGAAACGGAGCCCGAUCUCGACACCAUGCUAAGGGUGGCACACCAUAUAGACCGGGAUGAAGAAUAUGAUGAUAAUGAUGAUGAUGAUGAUGAUGAUGACAUAAAAGUAAGAGACGGCACAGUGAACAUCGCCACUCUCCUUUUGCCUCACAUCCGUCCAAGGAAAGUACAGAUAAUCCUGACGAGGGACCACAGUGGGAUGGAAGACUUGCUUGCAGCCCUUCAUGACCACAAAUUAAUCAGUCUACACUUCAAUCACCACUACAAACACCCUCGUCCAGACGCUGCCUCGGCUCCCCUGCUGCAACAAGCCCCAUGGUAA